UUCUUUCUUUCACUGCACAGCCUGUGCCGCUGUCUGCCAACGCUCUUCCUCCUGAUGGCCGGAACUUCAACUUCAGCAUGGAGAACCUGAGUUUUGACUUCAAAGACACGGACAUGAAACGUCUGUCCAUGGAGAUCGAAAAGGAGAAGGUCGAGUAUAUGGAGAAGAGCAAACACCUUCAGGAGCAGCUAAAUGAACUGAAGACCGAGAUUGAGUCAUUAAAGCUAAAGGAGAGAGAAACGCCUCUAGACAUUCUACAUAAUGAGAACACUGAGAAAGGCACCAGCAAGCAGAGCAACUUUAAAAAGCUCACUCUACAGAGCACCAAAUCCAGAGUGGCCUUCUUCCAGGAACUAUAGCCAUCCAGACACACUGGACUAGUGUUUGAAUGUGUGUGGUUUUUUUUUCACAUUCCUGACAGGCUGUGACCCAUUCCUGUAUGAUCUUAACACAUUCUAGGGAUGAAGACUGUACAUGUGGCUAAAGUUUACAUUACAUUAAGAGGACCAAACCCUCAUGUAAACAGAACUACACUGGGAAAACCACCGCACACACACUAACAUAAACUCAUUCACAUCCAGAAAUGCACUACAUGUUGUUUCCCAAUAUCCUUUUGUCAGUGGGAGGUCAGAAUCCCAUUAUGAAGACACUACGGUUAAGCAGUGUACACACACUGACUACAUAUAUCUCUGCACUGCAUCCUAAAUUCAUCUCUCCAGUUGCACAGCAGAAACUCUGUCUCUCUCGAUCAAUAUGUGUCAGAAUAAUUGGCUAAAGCAGUGGUAUUGCACCCUUCUGUCAUAUUAGUUCAGGAGUUUAUUUGUUAGGGUCCAAUAUGGAGCUGUCUGGUCAUUCAUAUAGGUUGUAUUAAACCUAACUGCUGCAGUAUAAAAGAGUUUACUUCCUCUGAGGAUAGUUUAGCACAGGAUAAUUUAGGGCAAGAAAACCCUUUGGGAUCACACUAUUUUGAAGACUAUUACAUAUGCAAUUUUUUUUUUUUUUACUUUUUACUCUGUUUGAAAUGUUUUACAAUGUUUUAAUACAUUUGAAUGUAUUUUAGAAAAUGUUGUUGUGCUGAGGAAUAAAUGAAUGGAAAUGAUCUAAAAUAA